CAAACAUCUAAAUAUGUUACUCCUCUUAUAUACAGGGCUGUUAGAUUAAUCGGUCAUAGACUCAUAGCGAGGCGGGUUGAUCCAUCAAAAAGUCAUCAACGGACGGAUUUGAGUGUCGGAUAUUUUUUUCUGUGCUACGUGAAAAAUCGAACCUCAGUAUCUGGAAAACUCCCAUUGCCUCAGUAGUUCGGCUAUAUUUGAUCUGCCGGCGAGCCAGUCCGCUUCUUCUGUGCCCUACUCCACUUUGCUUCUCUCUCCCAACCAUGGAGAACUACCGAUCCUCUUCCAAGGGCGACGAAGCCGACGACCAGCGCUGGGGCUCACCUCUCAAUCGCACGCCUUCCCCUCGAUUCCCGGAAUCAGUCCCGCGGCCGCCUGUCGGCCUCGCCUCCCCACCUCAAUCAGUCGACGCGGAAGCAUCCGAACCUAAUCACGACGUCGUCCAUUCUUCGAUCCUCCAAACUCCCCUGCACGCUGUCGCCUUGGCCGUCGCAGACGAACUGCCUCCCUCCUCCACCUCCUCCUCCGACGACGACGAUAACGGUUCUGCUCGGAAAAAGCAGAGAUCUUUGUCCUCCUUCGUGUCUCCCUCUCCGGCCUCCGCUCCCUCCACCGCUUACCCGCUCCCGCCGCCGCCUUCUGGGACCGCCGCGGUGAAGAAACCUAAGAAGAAGGGCAACAAUGUGUGGACGAAAUCCACGUCGCGAAAGGGCAAGAAGAAGGGGAAAUCUGGCAGUACUCACCACGGUGCUGCGGCCGAGGAAACUGUCGUGAUGACCCCGAUGCCCCGGUUUACCGACAGGACUGAUGACACUCCCGACGCCGCGAUCUGCCUCUCGAGGGUGUACAAAGCGGAGAAGGUGGAGCUUAGCGAGGACCGGUUGGCGGCAGGCAGUACAAAGGGGUACCGCAUGGUGAGGGCGACAAGGGGCGUGCAGGAGGGCGCCUGGUACUUCGAGAUUAAAAUCGUUAGGCUUGGCGAGACGGGGCACACUAGGCUUGGGUGGACGACAGAUAAAGGGGACCUGCAGGCUCCUGUGGGUUACGACGGGAAUAGCUUUGGGUACAGGGACAUAGAUGGCUGUAAGAUACACAAGGCCCUGCGGGAGAAGUAUGGAGAUGAGGGGUAUUGCGAAGGGGAUGUAAUUGGGUUCUAUAUUAAUCUUCCGGAUGGAACUUCCUAUGCACCAAAGCCACCUCAUUUGAUCUGGUACAAGGGGCAAAGGUACUUCUACUCUGCUGAUGGGAAAGAUGACCCUGCCAAAGUUGUGCCAGGGAGUGAAAUGUCAUUCUUCAAGAAUGGGGUUUGUCAAGGUGUAGCUUUCACUAACCUUUUUGGAGGCCGAUAUUACCCUGCUGCCUCAAUGUACACACUUCCUAACCAGCCUAACUGUGAAGUUCGAUUCAACUUUGGGCCAGACUUCAAUAAAUUCCCACAAGAUUUUGGUGGCCGUGCAAUUCCACGUCCAAUGAGUGAGGUUGCUUACCAUGGACUUGAUUGCAAGGUUGAAGGCGUGGAAAAUGGCUUCUCAGAGAAAACAAGUUAAGUGUAUUUUUUUCUUCACUUCCACCAAAUGUAAGUUUAUGAUUUUGGUGACAAAACCAUGAUGAAUGGUUAUGAGGCCUGAUUGUGCUGCUAUUACUGACUCCUAAUCGUUUAUUCCUGGAUUAUUUUGUGGUCUGGCAUUGCUGUAAGCUGUUCCAUGAAUACUGAGCUGUUUGACCCAGAGUGAUCAGCAAACAUCAACCUCCCUGAUAGUACAAAGGUCUUGACAUCUGCUACAAUCCAGUGGGCGACUGAUUUGGAGAUGCAUUGGCCUUGUCUAGUUGAUUUUUUGCAAUGAGUUCAGAUCCAACUCAAAGCUUAAUUAAAACAAGGGUGUUUUUACUUGCCAUUUCGUUUCCCUUUCAGUUUCAUUGCAGAGAUAGGAGAUAGUCAUAUGCAUAGUAAAAUCUGUUGCAAAGGGAACUAGAUAGAGUUUAACUCCAGAUAGAAAUGUGUUUUGAGUUUAACUCCAGAUAGAAAUGUGUUUUGGCUCUCAUUAUCAUAAUGUCGUGUGUUCUGUGUGGAUCAAUGUGCUUUUUCUCUCACUGAUACAAUCUUUCAAUUUUCUUGGCAUAUCUUGUGAUAUCGAGUGUUCUGUUAGCAACUUUGCAUUCAGUUUUGAAGGGUGUUAUUUCAGCUGUUCA